CCGGGGAGUGUCUCCCUUGCCCGCCUGUGCCUCCUCCCUCAUCAUCACCUCCCUUCCCCCUCCUUCGCCCGCGCUUGCUGAGCGAAGUCGGGUCACUCUGGCGAACGUCGCCUGGGCAUGGCUCAGCGUUGCCUGGUCUGCUGCGGGGCCGAGGCAAGACGAGCAGGUGUGUGACCUUAAUUCUCUGUCAGAAUGGUCGUCCUUGAAAAUUCUGGGAGCUGAAGUCCACUCAUCUAGCGUGUCCUCAGAUAAGGGUUUCAUUUUCUUCUCAGAUCUCCAGGAAGAAUUGGAGAAUUUUUAAACAGAUUGGAGAACUUGAUUUAAAAGAAAUACAUUAUCAGAUGCCUAAAAAGGAACUGACUGAAUUAUCAAUUUCAGGUUUUGCUGGUAUGGGUAAUCUUCUUAAAGUCCUUACCAGAGAAAUUGAAAACUACCCACAUUUUUUCCUGGAUUUUGAAAAUGCUCAGCCUUCUGAUGGAGAAAGGGAAAUAUGGAACCAAGUCAAUGCUGUUUUACAGGACUCAGAAAGUAUGCUUUCAGACCUGCAGUCUUAUAAAGGAGCUGGACAAGAAAUUAGAGAUGCCAUACAAAACCCAAAUGAUAUUCAGCUGCAGGAAAGAGCGUGGAAUUCAGUGUGCCCUCUGGUUGUGAGAUUAAAGCGGUUCUAUGAAUUUUCUCUCAGACUAGAAAAAGCUUUGCAGAGCUUAUUAGAAUCCUUGACUUGUCCACCCUACACACCAACUCAACACUUAGAGCGAGAGCAAGCCCUAGCAAAGCAGUUCGCAGAGAUCUUGCAUUUUACUCUCCGUUUUGAUGAACUUAAGAUGAGAAACCCAGCAAUUCAAAACGACUUUAGCUAUUAUAGAAGGACAUUAAGUCGCAACAGAAUAAACAACAUGCAUCUUGACAUUGAAAGUGAAGUGAACAAUGAGAUGGCUAACAGAAUGUCCCUGUUCUACGCAGAAGCUACGCCAGUUCUGAAAACGCUGAGUAAUGCUACCACCCAUUUUGUUGUAGAAAAUAAAACGUUGCCAAUUGAGAAUACAACAGAUUGUCUAAGCACGAUGGCCAGUGUAUGUAAAGUCAUGCUGGAAACACCAGAAUAUAGAAGUAGAUUCACCAGCGAAGAAACCCUCAUGUUCUGCAUGAGAGUAAUGGUUGGCGUAAUUAUUCUCUACGACCACGUUCAUCCAGUGGGAGCUUUCUCAAAGGCUUCAAAAAUAGACAUGAAGGGUUGCAUCAAGGUUUUAAGAGAACAGCCACCAGACGCAGUUGAAGGGCUUUUGAAUGCUCUCAGGUUCACCACAAAACACCUGAAUGAUGAAUCCACUUCGAAGCAAGUUCGAGCGAUGCUUCAGUAAUGUCUCCCCCCCCCUUUGAGAAAUGGACUUUUAAAUUAUUUAGAGAAGGUGUCUGUUUACAUAAUUUAAUAGCUUGUGGUGGUGUUAGUAAAGAUGCAUAAUUUACAUGAUAUAACAAUUUAUUUCUUCCUGUUGCUGCAGUGUGUGUGGAUCUGUAUCAAUAACAUGACUGACUUCGUAAUGCACGACAUCCAUUUAUGUGCUUGUAUUACCAUUCAAAAAGUUUUAAGAGGUACCUUUUAAUUCGAAUAUAUAAAUAAUGAAAGUGUCUAUGUGCCUUUGUGUUUUGUUAUGUUAAGAAAGUUGUGUUUUGGGGAGAGGUGGUUGUUUGUUUGGGUUUUUUUUUUUGGGUGGCUGUAUGCAGAAUAACUCUUUGGGAUAAUCUCUAAACAGUCAUAACUCUUGAUGGUAUGCCUGUGAAGAUCUUGGUGCAACCAUAACCCCCCUCAGUCUCCACGUGCAUUUAACUUUUGCAACACCGAGUGCAUGUGUUGUGCGGAGCAAGGAGUGUGUUCCCGUUAGCCAGUUCUUUCUGAGACUGGUAAGACUCCUUUUCUAACAAAUUCAGCAGGGUUUUCACCAAGGCCUGCACAUGUAUAUACAAUAAUUUUGUUAAGUUUUUAAAUUUAUAUGCGUAAUGCUUGCCUUGUGCCUUUAGGCAAAUAAGUGAGCUAUGAAUUAUGGAUGUAAACCAAUGCCAGCCGAGUUUUGAUGUAGAACUCUCAGCUUAUUAAGCCAAGAUAGAAUAUGUGUAAGACUUGCACCCUUGCAUUCUCUCAUUGUAUUAUCUUCUCUUUUUUCAUUGUGAACCAUAAGCAGUGCUUCAUGGAUUAAUUAGCCAUAAUUUCUUAUCACGUCCAUACCUGGAAAUUUUCCUUCCUAGUAUCAGAAGAAGCCCCAAUCUUAAAACAGACUUCCAACUAGAGGACAGAAGGAGCAGUGCAAGGACAUAUAUGCAGCACAAGGCCUAUGUACCUCUUGACUCAGUAAUUCAAGAUAUAUGUACAUUCAAACCAAACCAGAAUGCAGGACUGCGCAGUAACCUAAUGGGAGACAAUGCUGUUGUGUAUAGUAUUGCCUGUGUCUAUGUAUGCUUGUGACCAUACCAACAGCAGCACUGAGUCAUUUUGUGGUAUAAGGCCCUUUUUUGCUGUCUUCUUCAUACUUCUAUCUUGGAAGAUUCAACCAUGACCUAUCACACCGAUUCCUUAACCAGGCACAGCACCUUGGCAUUAAUAUGUGUGCCAUUUUUGAUUUAGACCUUCCUUAAGGCCUAAUUUUUUUUUGUAUAACAUCCAGUAAAUUCACUAGGAAAAUAGGGGUGGGGGGCAGACUUUAAGAAGCUUUUAUUCUUGACAUCGUUUUUAAAGAUGUAUUUAAUAGGUGUUUCACAAUUCAAACAACUUGAAAUUGUAACUCAGCUAUCUCUGUUAAUUGUGUGUGCAUUCUACUGCUGAAAGUAAAGUGGCUCUACUCCACUCUACUUAAUAUGAGCCACAUAGUAAGAUUUUUAAUAUAAAAAAUAAAUAGUUUUAUUUGUGGCAUUGGAAGAGAACUUGGGUAGAAAGAGAUUCUCUCAUCAAACCUGGUUUGGUUGACUGCAUGGCAUGAUUAACUCUUAAUAUAUCUAUUCCUAGGAAUACAACUUGUAAAUUUUUUUUUUUUGCCUUUUCUGAGCAACAUCAUAUCUGUUAUUAUGCUAAUAUUGCUGGAGUUGUUCUGAUUGUUUCCUUUCACAGAUUCCACCUAUGUAUAAUAGAAAGAAAUAUUUCUGAACAAAUGUGAGUUUACCUUCCAGGGGCCCCAAGUCAUGCUUUCUAAACAGCAGUCAAUAGUUUUUAAUGACACUGCAGUUGCUGCCAAUUUCCUUAAGAUGGUUUUAUGUUACCCAACAAUAUUGAUUUGAGAAUGCAGCUCUUGGUACCCACAGAUCUCCUUAAGUUCAGAAAUAUGGUUAAUGUAUAACUCAAAAUACUUGGCAUAGCAUUGUGUUGAUUUUUGCAUAUUAAUCAGUUUGAACUAGCUAGUAUCUUUAAGUUGGGUGCUAGAAUCUUCCUGGAGCUGCAUUUGUUUUAAUUCAUAUUGCAGUCCUUAGACAAGGAAUUUUUUGUCUGUUUCUCUUUUGAAUGUUUCUUCUAAAUGAUGAGCUGCAGUUGUGAAAUGCUCAACUUGUAAGAUUUCUCAGAAAACAUGCUCACUUUGUACAGUAUAUGGAAUAUGGUAUUCUUAUAUGGAAUAUGGUAUUCUUAAAUCAACUCAGUUGAUUUAAAUGUAUGUCUAACUUUGAUUAAGUUUGUGCAGAUUAGCUAAAAUAAAUAUUUGUAUGUUUGUAGAAACUUGGAUCCCUCAAAAAAAUUAGGAGAUAAAAGGGCCUAAAUUGGAAAUAUCACUUUCUUGGAAACUUAGAAAUUUAGAAACCAGGGACUUAAGAGCAGUCCUGGCAAUGUUGAUUUGAACUCAUAAGGUUGUGCUAUUUGGGGUGCCAGUCUUCUAAGCCUUGUUGAAAGUUGUUUAAGACAGGUGGAAACUCUCUAUUUUUAUAUAUCUUGUUGAAUUUAUAAGUUUAUUGUGUAGAUUUGAAAUCCUCACCACUGCCAUUUUGUGAUGCUAAUGUCAGGCGCAAAUACCCAAGAGCAUUUGUUGAGUUCAAAGCACAGAAAAGUUUAUUACUGCUACCCAUAUACAAGAAUCUAGUCAACUAAUGGUCAAAGCUAAAUUGGAACUAGAUAAAGGAUCAGUGUAAUUCAUGGUGGGAAGAUGGUUGGAAUUGGUUGGGGCAACAUAAUGACUCCAAACUGAUGACACAUUUAACUCCGCCUUCCAGCUCAACUAGCUGUUCUCCAACAUUUAGGCGGGCAAUUCGUGAAUGAAGAAUCUCAAAAGUGUUGACUUCAGGUAUUGUUAAACUACAUCUUGCAGUAGGUUCAGCUACCUUGACCAAAGUAAUGUCUAGAGAUUUUAUCUCAUCAUCACGAAGCUAGCUCUGAAUGCACCCCAUUUUCCAUCUACUUAAUGCUAGGAGGAAAAUAGACAAUUGUAGCAGUCAGUUUCUCAGUGAGCACAUAUAGUUUUUCUCCCCUCUCUCUUUGUGGGUGUUUGGAUUUGACAAUUUUAUCACAAAAUAAUUUCAUUAGAUUUCAAAAUUCUAGUAAACAUUGCACAUUUUAUCACAGUACAUAGCUUGAUGAAAUGUUCCUAUUGUGCAAUCAAGCUAAUAUAUUGAAAUAUUCAUACAGAAAUCAACUAAAUCAGUAUGAUUAAAAUAAAUUCAGUUAUAGCCUGAUGCAUUAUACAGAGGUGUCCAAGCUUGGCAACUUUAAGACUUGUGGAUUUCAACUCCUGCAUUAAAUCAAACUAUUGCUUCUCACUACCCUUCUUUCUGAUAAUUAUUCAUAUACACAAAUAUACACAUGUGCUGUGUAAGGAACUUUUAUCCCUUUUCAGCCAGACUAGAACCAACUAGGAAAUGAACUGGAUACAGCUGUCCUGGCUGUUUAUUAGAUAGCAAUAAAAAAAUACCUUGCCAAGUCACUGCAGAAUUGCCUCUAAAGAAAUAUUAACAGAAGAGCUGGUGAUUUCAGCUCAUGAAAACCCACUAGCAAUCUCUAUUUGGUGGCAGUAAAAGGUGCUGAGACUAAAUCUCAGCCACAUGUAGAGAGCCAAGAGUUUAGCCACCUCUGUUUUAGAAGACCAUAUCCUCUGGAUGGUUAUUUUUGUACAUAGACAUAGUCCAGAUAAUACUGAGAAAAGGGCAAUGUUGCAAUACAGGAUUCUCCAUGAAGUGACCCUUGCUUCUUAGGGAAAAUGUCUUGAUCUACUUCAUAAUGUAUCAGAGACCGAGUUCUUCGUUUCUUGCCACUGUCCCCAUUUUUAAGUGGACAAUCCCUUUUUCUAUUUUCCUUGUAUUGCAUGUAUGGGUAAAGGAGGAUCAUGAUUGCACCAUCUAAAUGAUUGUGGAACUGGUUACCCCAGGGCUUGAUCAAGAAGAGAAGAUGGUAACCUCUAUAAAAAAAA